GUCCCUGAAAGCUUUCACAACUUCUUGUCCGCAGUCAACGCUGGUUGAACUGCAGGUUGGCGUUGAAACUGACAGGGCAGCUCUGCACUUGUAGCUGAAAGGCUUUAGGGGACGCUUGCUGAGUGCAGCUGCAGCAGUCAUGGCUGCUGGCUUCAUGAUUUUAAGUAUACUGCUGUUUUGCCUACUAAAUGAGGUGACUGGUGCCUCUGGUUUGCCAGCAGUGAAUCCUGGGUACAAAGCAUGGCAGGAUGGAGGACCGAAACUGGAUGUACAUGGCUACCGUCGCCCUCUACAUUAUGUUCGCUCUCUGAGGCAGCCAAACAUUAACCCAGAACAUUUUAAUCCGUUUAAUGCAUGGCAAAACCCCCAAAGGGGCUUUGUCAAAGGUGUGAGCCCAAGGCAAAAUCUCAGGCAGGUGAGUCACCUUUGGCCAGAGAGGUCUCCUAUCCAACCUGCACCUCAUAGAAACUAUCCUUUGGUUCGCCCUCGAGGCUUUAAGGUCAGCCUGGAUCUUCCUUUUUUAGAACAAAGUCAAAGCAAAGUGGCUGACUCUACUAUAGGCUAUAGACCAAAUGACCCUAAGCUUAAAACCAUGUCAAAUGUUCAGUUUCAAAAUGGUUUGAGCAUUCCUAAGAUUCAAAGCCCUGAGGAAGAUUCCAAAAAGGAGCCAUUUGUUGGAAAGAACACCCAAGCUGUUCCCUCUUCUGGCUUCAACGUCAACAUUGCCAUUUCCCCAGCUGAAUCUAUCAAGCCAUUAAUCGCUGAUCAUAUUGAGUCCCUGGGAAAUGUUUUCCAGACUGGUUACACAGAGCCAGAGAAACAGUGGAGCUCCACUCAGACUGGACUGAAAUGGCCCACCAUCAGCCAAACGGCAAGUAAACCAACCAGAGAGCAGCUGGGUUCAACAUGGUCUGAUACUGGACCCAAGCAACCUCCACAGCAGCCUUAUGAGACAAUUUACAAGCAACCUACUCAUGAAAAACCAACCUUUUCAACACUAUCAAAUCAGCACAAAACUCCUCAGCAGAUGAACCAGGAGAAGCUUCCGACCAGACAGAGUGUGAGACUUGAAAUGCCAGAUCCAGCCAAACCUCUAUCCCCUCCUGUUAUUCAACAACUUGACCGUUUGGAUUUCCACCGACCCCAAACAAGCGUCACAAGAAAAGAUGACGAAACUGUUCAAUCACAUUCAAGACCACAGCAAUAUGUUUCUCCGUUACGACAUAAAUGGGAAUCUCUAAGUCAUAAAUAUGUUGGUGCUGGUUCUCCGAGUGGCGGUCAGACACAAAGUAGUCGCAGUACUUCUGGUGCUGAUGGUUUCAAAGAUUUGACAAAUAAUCAAAAAGGUGAAAAAGACAAGGAGGCUACAGUCCCACGCUUGCAGUUGGACAUUACUUUCCCACUAAAUAAUUUGUUGUCAAACUUUACUAAAGGCGAAGGUGGCUACUUGAAUAUCAAUCCUCAAAGUGUCGGGUCUCUUUUUAAGCAUUACAUGGAGGCAAAAAAACUUCCAUCAAAUACACUUCAGACUGGAUUGAACCAGCUAGUCUCAGAAUUUGAUUCUAGGCGCCAAAUGACAGGGCAUCCAGAGAGGAAAUGGCCAAUCUUAAAUCUUGAUGUAGGACCCCAACAAAAGAAGCAACCUUAUGUGCCUGUGCCUACUAAACCUAUAGACCAUAAGCUGAACUUUUCAUCCUGGUUUCCAAGUCAGAAAAUUAGCCAGGAGGAAACUGCAAGCACACUGAGUUGGGGACCUCAAAAGCCAAAAAUUGAAAACCCUCAAUUUCCAGUUCUGGCCAUAUCAAAAUAUCUUGUCGAUAUUGCACGACCCUCAGAAAGUGACAAAGCAAAAAUUAUCCAGCAAAUACCAUCCCUAUCUGAAAGAUUUCAGAGUUUGUACAGUUCUCUGCAGCCUGGCACCAGCAGCUAUGUUCAAGGUCAGAGAAAACCUUCAGUCCAUCCCCUUUCUGCUUCGACAUAUGACAGCAGUCCAUUUGAGCCAUCCAGUGAUUUUCAACAGAAUACUGAGAAAACUGAUUCAGGUUCAUCUCACCUGUCUUUCAAUUAUGGCCUCUCGCCCAUUAAUUCUCCAAAAUUAGAAACUGUUCCUGCAAAAAGGCCACAAACCUGGCAGAAACCACUUUCUUCUUAUUAUCAACAUCCGUACAACAGUGGGAGAGAAGCAUCUUAUGGCACUAAUUUUGAAACUGAACCAGUUUUGCACAUUAAGCCAAGUGGAUAUGAAACGCAAAAACUUCCUGUCCAAGACAGUUACAGAUACAACCAAGAUGGCAAACGUAAACUUGCAGACCUUAUUGCCACUGGUGGAGAUGCUACCUUUGGGCAGACCAGCCGGGGUAAAGGGAAUGGGAAGAACACUGCAGGAAAACCUUUUAACGUACAACCCAUGUGUGGACCUUCAUCCUCUGAGCUUAGUCAUCAAGGUUAUUUUACAGACCUCCUAUACCCUAACCAAAAUGCAAAACCCCAGCCUUGUAGUCAAAUGCCUUGCAUGGGUAGAGAAGGCAACUGUUUAAAAGAACCCAAGAAGGAGAGCUCUAAUUUGCCGCUGCGUGUCAAUUAUUCACCCAAGGCAGAGACCACUUCCAUUUCUGUCCCUUAUAGCACUUUUGAACAAGUUUUUUCCCAAUCAAUGAACCAGCCUCGUCACAACGGCUUUAGGCUCCAGCAAUACCCUGUUGGACAAGGACAUCCCCAGCAGCCUACAAGGUUCAAGUGAAGUCAGUCAACAACAUGGCCAUUGCAUAUCAGUUUUGGACCACUGCCAUCAGCCAGUUGCAAAAUGUCCCAAUAAAACUUAAAAUAACUUU